AUGGAGGCGAGGACGCGGCAAGAGGAGCCACUGAUCGCCCGUGGCGUGUUUGCUCUGGGUUCUGAGGGCGAGAGUGAAGACGGGGGGAAUGAGGUGAAGGACGACGGCUGCAGCGACGGUAGUUACGGCAAUCUCGAGGAGGAGGAGAUCCCCACUACCCAGAUGGUGAAGGCGUGGAACGCGGAGGUGAUUCCACCGGAGCGGAUGGGUCACGCCAUGGUCUCCUCCGCAGGAUUUGUGGAUGCGCGUGAGCGGCUAAGUUUGUUGGACGCACGACUGGCGGAGGCCGCGCGUGAGCGUGAGUCCCGUCGCCGGCGUGGAAAACAGCGCCCUGUAGAUUUUCGUGCUGCAACGCGCGGUGGCACCAGACGGAAGGGUGGCGCAGUGCUGCCCCGCAGUCUCCUGCCUGACACCGUGUCGAGAGAUGAGGCGCACCGGAAGGAACCGAAGCGCAUGAUCGACUACAAGCUGCGCAACGAGAAGAUUGAAAUGCUACGCUGUCUGCGUUUUAUUGAUGACCUGCAGAAGGAAGUUCGCCGAAACAUGGUGCAACGGCACAGCGAUGCGACGCGGCAACUCCGCGAAGACAUGAGGCAUGCGCUGCAGCGGGACCGGCAGGAGAAAAUGGAGCACCAGCGACUCAUAAAGGAGGAGGACCAAAAGUACCGGAAUGCCUACGCUGCCAUCAUGACUGCUGCCUGCAACGAUCGUCGCAUCGCGAAGGACCUCAUGCUGGAGCGUACCCGGCAACUGGCGGAGUACCAGUCGCUCUCGCUGCGGGAGAGCCGCCGCAUGUGCCACUACAUGAAGCAGGAGAGCAAAGAGCGGAUGCGGCACGAUCUUCUUCACUACGUGAGCACCAUCACAGGGUGGCAAUCGCAUUUUGUCAGUUAG